UAGAGCAACUGAUGCUCUCUAAACAGGAACCUUUACUAGAAGCAAUAGCCCGCGGUGAUUCACCUAUCCAGAGAUUUUAUACUUGUUCCAAAAUAUUCAUCACCGGUGGUUCUGGUUUUAUUGGCAAAUUAAUAAUUGAGAAAAUCUUCAGGGCUUGCAAUGUCGAUAAAAUAUACAUUUUAAUAAGGUCUAAGAAAAAUAUGAAACCCAAAGCAAGGCUUUCAGAAAUUCUCAAGGAUCCAAUAUUUAGUAAAUUACACACGAAGCAACCAGACUUUGUUAAUAAAAUUAUAGCGAUUGAAGGUGAUCUCAGCCAAGGUUACAUUGGUAUGAAUAAUGACGAUUGGAAUAAAGUUCAAGAGGUCGACAUAAUAUUCCAUGUGGCGGCGAACAUAAGAUUUGACGGUGAUUUAAAAGAGGCCAUCUUCGCGAACGUUCGUGGGACGAGAGAAGUGCUAAAAUUGGGCAAAUGUUGUAAAAACUUGCGUGCGUUUGUACACGUUUCCACUGCUUUCACGCACGCGAAAAAAAGCAGCGAGGAUAGUGUGAUUAGUGAAAGAUUCUACGAAAGUCCUGGUGAACCCGAAGCUAUUAUAAACAUAACUGAGACUUGGGAUGACGAGAAAUUAAAGGCAACAAGUCAAUUAAUCAUAGGAGACUGGCCAAAUACUUAUACGAUGUCAAAGGCUCUGGCAGACGAGUUGGUGCGGAGAAUGGCGGAAGAUAUGCCUAUUUGUAUCGUUAAACCAUCACUAGUUAUUUCUACUCUUUCCGAACCGUCUCCUGGCUGGUUAGACAUGAGCUGUGUGUAUGGAGCUACAGGUUUUCUUCUAGGUCUAGGUUUAGGAUUAGUUCACAUAGUUAUGAAUAAUAAGGAAAAGAGACUGGAUAUUGUUCCUGCUGAUAUGGUCGCCAAUGCUAUAAUCGUGUCAGCGUGGGACACAGCAAAGAAAACAACAACCGAACCUAAAAUAUACACAAUAACAAGUAACAGAAAUCCAAUAACAUGGGAUUCUUAUUCUCACAUUGUAAGGAAUGUGGGACCUAAUUUCGCAAGUCCAAAAGUAGUGUGGUCGCCAUUUGCAAUAGAGACAAAGAGUGAAUCUAUUUACUUGAUAUUUACAUGGCUAUUGCAUUUUAUACCUGCUUAUAUUAUUGACAGUAUCUGCUUUUUGAUGGGAAAGCCGCGAAAAUUUGUUAAAUUAUAUGAAAAAGUCUACAAAGCUAAUAAAUUAUUCUCACAUUUCAUACAAAGGGAAUGGUUUUUCUGCGAUAAGAAUUUGCAAGAAUUGUACAAGAAAAUGUGUAAUACGGACAGAAUAAUCUUCAAUUUCAACAUAGAUACUGUUAAUAUGCAGCAAUUUAUAACUGUAUGGAUUAUAGGAAUUAGGAAAUAUAUAAUUAAAGAUGGCCUCCAAGGUACAGAGUAUGCAAAGAAGAAAAUGUUCUGGCUGGAUAUACUUAACUACAUUACUUUAGCCAUAUAUGCUCUAUGUUGGUGGAAAAUUCUGGAUGUAAUCUUCUGGUCGACAAUUAAAUUGUACAAUUCAACUCCAAGUAUACUUUAAAGAGUUUUUAAAAAUACUUCUCUAUACAUUGUUUGUGUUUUUUUUUAAUAAUCCUUUUUCGGUAGAUCGUAAUGCAAUUCUAUAUGCGCCAUAUCACCUGUUACUAAUUGAAUUUCAAUGGGAGAUUUUCUAACAGAAAAACUAAGUAUAUUU